CUCGCAAUCUUGGAUUCUCUACGGAGUGCUCGUACUCGUCCCUGUGUGUUCCUGCGUCUACGUGAAGGGAUGAUCGCCACGGAGUACGAUGAAUAACAAUCGAAACAAGGCCUCGCAUUAACCCAAGCUAGCCCUGCAGGCUGACUAAAAUCCUAAAUGCCCUAAGUUGAUUCUGUUCAAGUAUCUGUCCCUUUGAAAGGGCAUGGACCAUUCCAAAGACUGAAGGCGCGUUGCGAAGCGGAAGCUUCGGCAUUCUUGACCGUGGUGUCGAUCAAGCGACCAAGAAAGUGGCGCACCGCUCGUUGUCGCCUGCGGCUGUGCAGUCUCGUUGAGAGCGAGGGUCCUUAUCGCCUAGCUCUCGGAUUUACUUUGGAUAGAUCAUAGCACUGUGGCCAUGGUUAGGUGUGUGCCACCGGCAGUCCUCCCACCAAUUUUGAGACCCAAAACAACAACAAUAACUCGACGAUACCGUGUCCUGCGCGAAAGAGAGGAGGUGUUGAAGAGGCCUCAUUCAUGCCUCACCUUACUUUGAACAGCACAUCCACCCUGUGGUCUCCAUUGUGAGCGGCGUAUCCUGAUUCCUACCGGAUUUCACGGAAUGGAUCAUAAAUCCUGGCAGAUGUGGUGUCCGCACACUUGCCAUUGACGCCAUCGACAUUGCUGAAUAUACAUACUGUAGCAUAUGGCAAUGUAUAUUUCUAUCAUGUAGCAGGACCAUUGACUGCAUGCGACAUGGAUGGGUUAGAAGAGUGGCGUCCGAAAUUCCAACCAGAAGCACAUGCAACAAUGAAUCAGCUGAGUAAUCAGAGCUGUCCAGCAUUACGCAGGUCGCUAGUGGCUGCAGGCACCACAGCAUUCUCGGUUGGUUGAGCUGAGGUCAAUUGCGAGAUACUAGUCAUUUAUCGUCGGAAGACACUUCUUCCGACGAUACUCGAAGGCUUCUCGAGUCCUUUUACCCCAUGAUUAUAUCCGCGGCGAUAACCUAGGAAUUCACAUACAAGCCUCAGGUAGUAUGACUGAGGCGACGCCGAAGAAACGAAAUCGAGUCACAUUCAGCUGCACUAAUUGCCGUCACAGCAAACAAAAGUGUAAUCGAGGCAAGCCUUGCUUGACUUGUGUCCUACGUGGCAAGCAAGAUUCGUGUAAUUAUGGAGAUAUCGACCCUGACCGCGUAGCACGAUUCAACGCUUCGGUAGUGGGAAAGCCACGAGACAAAUCUCAAGAUUGGCAAAGUCAAGAGUCAAAUUCUGAAAACGACAAGUCGGAUCUUGCUUCCUUCGGCUACUCUCAUGUCAACGCACACAAUGCUCUGGGCAUUUUCAAGAAAUUGGAACACCUCGAAACAGGCACCACACGCACCAUUCCUGAGAAGACGAAGACUGCCACCCUCAGCCCUUCCUCUUUUGAGACAUACAGGUCUAUCAUCAGGCGCUUGCCAUGUCAAGGAUGUGUAAAUCAUCUUGUCAGCGUCUUUUUUCAAGAGGUCAACUGGCAAUUUGCCUUCUUGGAUCGCAGUUUCUUCGAUGAACAAUUGCAGGAGUAUUAUCAGCAUCCUGUCGAUGCGGUGUCGGAAUCUCAUUGCACUAUUCCCACCGAACUCAUCAGCUUUCCAGCUCUGCUGUUUAUAGUACUUGCCCUUGGGAUACAGUUUCUACCACCGCAGGGCUCUGAAUCUCUUCAUUCUUCGUGUCUAUGGGGCAUUCCAGGAGACGAGAAGAGCUAUGGGAAUAACUGUUCGACCUUGCAGCUUCUGGGACUUCUGGAGAAGGACGCUAUUAGCCUGACCUAUAUUCAAGCGGAGUUUCUGACGGUCUCAUGGCUGAAAAAUCGUGGUGCAAUUGCGGAAGCAUGGCACACCCUUGCGCAGGCUGUUAUGGAUGCACAAGAAAUUGGCCUGCACCGAGAUGAAGGAAAGCUCCACGCAGAUAGUUCCGAAAACGUGUGCGAGCAGUUAUGGAAAAUUCUUAUGCGUAGGCGGACCAUGAUCAAUCUUUAUCUGUGGGACAGCGAGAUGGGUAUGGUUCUUGGCAAGAGCUUGACAUUGUCAAUCAAUGACUGCUUGAUAGUGCCUCCGACAGACUGUGACAUUCCAAGAGACCGCAAAUCCAUAGCCCCUUCGCCGCGAAGUCCUUUCGAGAAGCCUUCCGUGUUCACAGUACGUCUACUGGAAUAUCAGCUGGCGUCCUGCUUCCAUGAUAUAAAAGCACUCGAGGCCGAAGGGCCAUAUCCACGAGACUACGGCAAGGUUGAACGACUCCACCAACGAGCUGUGGACUUCAUAGACAGCAUCCCUCCCAUAUAUCGGUCAAAUAACCCUGACACCUCUUUCGACGAACAAUGUCCCUGGCUACCUGCUCAACGCGAGCAUUUGAGGUCGAAUGCGUGGUUUUUCCUGCUUCUCCUCCACAGGACCUAUAUUUUCUCUGUCGCAAAAAGCCGAACCGAGAUUAUGAAGGCCGGAAUACAAAUGCUUCACGCACAGCAAAAGUUCUUUUGCAGCCUGCAACCUCAACACUGGAAGCUCUUUACGCUCACAUAUAUCAGCGUGGAUCCGGCUGUUUCUAUGUUGGCUGUGUUGAUAACAUAUCCCAAAGAGGAGCAAGAGGUGGUUCCGGAAGCGUUCCGGUGCAUAAGGGAGACCCUAUGGAGACUCAACCAGAUCCGUGGAUCAAACAUGGUCGCAGGACAAGGAGCAGAUGUGAUACAGAGCCUACUAGCUCGAGCGGAGCAAAAGCAUCCGCAGGCAUGGACGGCCGCGGUUCAUACGCCCACCGCCACAGGGGACACGUUGGAUCAGAUGACCCGAAGCUCUGGCGAUGAAUCAUUUUGGGCUGACACUGCUGUCGCUGAUAUAGGUCAACAGGCGCAAUAUCCCGAGGCAUUGGACAGUAUGGCAAGUUGGUCAUCUCUCACCGCGGUCGAAUCGGCUGUCGACGCGGGUCAAAAUUAUGGUGACAUGACUUACUCCUUCAGCGACAUCCCUUUCCGACCGACGGCUGAUCUCACCUCCUAUGAUCUGGCCACGAAUGGAGUUCCUCAGUUCCCUACCCCGCUGGACGAUGCCGCGAUGGGGAGCUCGACUUUCAAUCAACAGAUGCCCGGGCAGUUUCGGGGAGCUUUCGAUGAAAAUUCAUUCUGGGGAUUCAUGAAUUCGACCAAUUGAGUACACUCAUUAUACUCUACACCUAAUGACUCUGCGCCGUCCACAAACACCAUGCCGUAAGAAUCGUCACUCAACAGCCUCCUCCACCGCCGCCGCCAGAGGCCCCAGCACUUGCAGCAGACGCAGCGAUGAUUCCAUUUCGUCUCCUUCGCUUUUUCUUCUGCUUCCUCCGCUCUUGCUCCUGGACGUAUGCCUCCAGAGCAGCCACAUACUUUGGGUCGGAACGUUCAGCGGCAUUUCUUGGCCGUGGAGGGGGUUUGAAAUCUAUGUCGUCGGUGAAACACAUGUUGAGGCGAGGUUCAAAUUCAACGUUAAGGUGAUGCCUUGGUGCCUGAUUCUUGUACAGGUUGUCGGAUAUGACUGACGACGUGAAAUGAAUGUUAUGUUUGCUUUGAUAGGAUCUCGGGUGCUUGAGUAGUGAUAUUCGACAAGUUGAGUGGGAAUGAAUUCAGGACGGGAUUGUCUGUUUAUAUAAAUGGCUGGUCAUCUGGGGUAAUGGCAUCAUUCCCCAGAAAGAGUUUUAUGAGGACACUGUUUGGUUCGAAACGAAUAGCAUGAGCCACGAUGAAAUGCGACAUCGAGACAGAUCUGUUUAACCGGACAUGGCCACGAGGCUGAAGAUCAUGACGCAGAAUUUGGGGGCCGUUGAAUCGGGGGUUUUUCUUUUUCAGCCUUGUUGGCUGCGCCUCGUCUUUCUGAAUCUUUAGUGCAUGUUUGAUGGUGCCUGGCUUAGGCAGCUACGUUUUCACAGGUGUUCAUAGGAGUCUCUAGGUAUAAUCAUACUUUGUUGGACCGACAGGGUCGCACAAACA